AUGGAAUAAGAAAAUAGAAUAGAAAUCAAAUCUUGGUAAGCUGUUGGAGUUUGGAGAUGGAAUAUAAAGGAUGAUAGAUGUGCAAUUGAUAAGCAGAGUCUGUUUGGACAAUGUUUGGAAUGUGAAGCCAACCAAGUUCAAGAGGAAGUAUGAUGCAUUUAAAUAAAUACAUUAGUGUAAGAUUGUUCAAGGACUCUGCAAUCAUGGAUUUCAUAAGCAUUGUAUUGAUAGAUGGCUAAAAUAAAGCAAUACUUGUCCACUUUGUAAUAAAGAAUGGAGUGAUUCCAAAAUAUUAUGA